AAGCAAGAUGGCGGCGGCGGAGGCCUCUGGACGGAGCGCGACGGGAGGGCCCGUGUGCUCGCGUCAUCCGUGCGCGCCGUUGGUGGCGAAGGCGGCGGCGGGAGGAUGCUGAGCCGCCUGCAGGAGCUGCGCAAGGAGGAGGAGACGCUGCUGCGGGUUAAGGCCGCCCUGCACGACCAGCUCAACCGCCUCAAGGUGGAAGAGCUGGCCCUCCAGUCUAUGAUCAGCGCCAGGGAAGAGAAUGUGACAGUAUCUUCAGCAACUCUGUUGGAUGAGCAUCAAAAUAUGGACAACGAAGCCACUAUUAAUCAAACUAAACUGCAGCUGCAUGUUGGGGAAGAGGAGGAGGAAGAAGAAGAAGAAGAAGAGUCAGACUCCUAACUCAGAUGGACUGCCUUCUUAUCCCAGACUCAGGAACUUCCCCGUCCGCCAUUCAAGCAAACUAUUUCGUCACUGUUUGCUUGGUGCUACAGAAAAAGAGGUGCCGCUGGGUUAUCCGAAAGGUUUCCAGAGGCACUGAUAACAUUGUGGGGAGGAGUGGGAGGAACAAAAAUGAGGGUGUCGGGAGAACACAUUCUAAUGUAGCAUGAUUUCUUUUGUUUUUUUAAAAAAGACAGCUAAUAGAGCCAAGUAGCACCUGGGAAUUGGAUCAUGCAAUUCACAAAGCAAUAAUACAACCUAUCCUUGAAGGUGUUUGAUUGCAGGUGAAACAAAAAAAAAUAGCUAUAGCUGGAAAGGCCUGGGUGCUCUGCCAGCCGCACACUCUGCCCACCCCAGGGCACCCAAAGGGAAGGGACCAUCAGCCUGGGACCCUUGGGUGCAUCCUCCCCCCACCCCCAAGGAACCACUGCUAAUUUAGAACAAAAUCUCUAAAUUCCAACCAUCGGGCUCGUAGCACAAAACUUGGAACGUUUAAGUAUAUCGAUGGGCAGCAUUUGAAAUCUGUGGAUUCUUCAUUGCUUGGGGUAGGGAGACAUUUCGGAAUGCUGCACCUUUCUGCCAGCGUGGGCCUGAGUUGUGGGGGGGGGGGGGGGGCGGUAUAUGUGAUAGAAAUCGGAGAGAAGAGAUUGUCAUAGGGUUCUCUGGGGGUGCGGCCUAAUAUGCAAAGGAGCUCCUGCUAGAACUCCUCCUCUCUGUGUAGACCCAUCCUGAGGUACUUGAACAGCCAGCUGAUAGGCACUUGUUACCUCUUUGCGUGGAGAUGCUGUGGGAGGGGGAAUUUGUAGCACACGCCCCGGGGUUGGGGGAGACUUAAGCACAGAGCCACACGCUUUGGGGACAGUCUCCUAAUAUUAUUUGACAGCAAUUCAUAUUCGCUUUUUUUGUUGUUGUUUAUUUUUAAACAAAAAUCCAUUCCUCGAAGGAACCUUGUAAUAUAUUUAUUAGUGUAAGAUGGAAAUGUUCAACAUCCGAAGGAAUAAAACGAUCGUAAGGAUUUUCAAACACAAAAA